AUGAGUUUCUUCGGGUUCGGGCAGACCCCGGAGCUGGAGCUGGUGCUCAGCGACGCCGAGAGCCGGCGGCGUGUGGAGCACAAGACGGAGGAAGGCAAGAAGGAGAAAUAUUUCCUCUUCUACGACGGAGAGACCGUCUCUGGGCGGGUCGUCCUCACCCUCAAGAACCCCCACAGGCGGCUGGAACACCAGGGCAUCAAAGUGGAGUUCAUCGGGCAGAUCGAGCUCUACUAUGACCGAGGGAACCACCACGAGUUCGUGUCUCUGGUGAAAGACCUGGCCAGGCCUGGGGAAUUCACUCAGUCACAGACCUUUGACUUUGAGUUCACACACGUGGAGAAACCUUACGAGUCCUACACGGGGCAGAACGUGAAGUUGAGGUAUUUCCUGCGAGCGACGGUCAGCCGGCGGCUGAACGAUGUGGUGAAGGAGAUGGACAUUGUCGUGCACACUCUGAGCACCUACCCUGAGCUCAACUCCUCCAUCAAGAUGGAGGUGGGGAUUGAGGACUGCCUGCACAUCGAGUUUGAGUAUAACAAGUCCAAGUAUCAUUUAAAAGAUGUGAUUGUUGGGAAGAUCUACUUCCUGCUGGUGCGGAUCAAGAUCAAACACAUGGAGAUAGACAUCAUCAAGAGAGAAACAACAGGGACUGGGCCCAACGUCUACCAUGAGAAUGACACAAUAGCUAAAUAUGAGAUCAUGGAUGGGGCACCUGUCAGAGGGGAGUCCAUUCCCAUCAGGCUCUUUCUGGCUGGCUAUGAGCUGACUCCAACGAUGAGGGACAUCAACAAGAAGUUCUCGGUGCGUUAUUACCUCAACCUGGUGCUGAUCGACGAGGAGGAGAGACGCUACUUUAAACAGCAGGAGGUGGUGCUGUGGAGGAAAGGAGACAUAGUGAGGAAGAGCAUGUCCCACCAAGCAGCCAUCGCCUCGCAGCGCUUUGAGGGGACCUCCUCGCACCCCGAGGCCAAGACCCCCAGCCAGCCCCCAGAGAACAACGGCCGGCAGUGAGUGGCCACACAGAGGAAGGCUGCUGGGGAGCCGGUGGGGGACAGCAGCAAGGAGGAAGAAAGAAAACAAAACACAAACACUUCAGAGACUUGAUGACAAUAAA